AUGAUGAAAUAUAUAUAUAUUUUAUUAAUAUUUUCUUUAUUGUUUUUGAAAAUAAAUUCACAAAAUACAAUUUUGUUGAAUGCAUUAAUUUAUGAUCAAACUCCAUCAAGAAAUAAUGAUUUUCAAAUUCCUUCUCCAGGAGGUAUUGCAAAAGGGUUAGUAAAAUCUAAUUUAGGUUCUGAUAAUACACCAGUUUUAGUGGCUGAGCGAUCAUCAACAAUUCAUUCACCAGAAACUUUUAAUCAAUGGUUUCACAAUUAUCCAGGAGUAAAUUUACCAAUUAAUUAUCAAAUUACUUUAACUCAAAGUACUACAAAUCCAAAUGUUUAUGCAUAUACAAAUGAUGCCUUUUUUCCAAUAGAUGGACAAGGAUUUGAUAAUAAGACAAAUUAUCCAUAUGAAGCCGUAUAUAGAGAUGAACGUGGAACACCACAUAAUUUUCACUUUUGUUUGCAAAUUCACUCAAUGUUUGCAUAUAAGAAAGGUGAUACUUUCUAUUUUAAUGGUGAUGAUGAUGUUUGGGUAUUUAUGAAUAAAAUAUUAGUUGUUGAUUUGGGAGGAAUUCACGGUAAAGCAACAACAAGUAUUAAUUUGGAUAGAUUAGGUUUGACUGAGGGCACCAAUUAUCCAUUUGAUUUCUUUUAUUGUGAACGCCAUACAACUGAAUCUCAUAUUUCAAUCGAAACAUCUAUAGAGUUAACAUGUCCUGGAUACGAUGAAUGUGGUGUUUGCCAAGGUGAUGGAUCUUCUUGUUGUACCAAAAGUAAUUGUAAUGAUAAUCCAAAUAAUAAAUUGAAUUGUAUUACAGCACAAUGCUCAAAUAAUGUUUGUGUUAAAUCUGCACCAAGUUGCCCAUCGAUUAAUCCUUGUGAAGCUGGUACUUGUAUUCCAAAUUUUGGUUGUUCUUAUUCAGAGAUAACAUGUAAUAGAACAAAUUGUGAAAAUAGUUUUUGUAAUAAAGAUACCAACACAUGUGAACGUUCACCAAUCGCAAAUUGUGUUUCAUGUUCGAAUGGACCUUGUAUUACCACUGAUUUAUGUUUCCCACAAAAAUGUGAUUCUAAAGGAAAUUGUGUAUCAUCAAAUAAGAAUUGUGAUGAUAGAGAUUAUUGUACUACUGAUACUUGUCAAGAUGGUAUUUGUAUCCAUACGCCAAUACCAAAAUGUGUCAAUUGUGCAGGUACUGGUUGUAUUACCACUAAUGAUUGUAAUCCUAAAGUAUGUGCUCCAGAUGGAAAAUCAUGUUUAACUGAAGUUCUAUGUAAUGAUAAUAAAACUUGUACUAAGGAUUUUUGUUUUGCAGGACAUUGUUUAUUUAUUCCAAUAGAUUGUGAUGAUGUUGAUGAUUGCACAGUAGAUACAUGUGAUGAAACUUUAGGUUGUGUCCAUACUCCUUUGGACAAUUGUAUUGCUUGUACUGGACUUGCUUGUAUUACCACUGACCUUUGUAACCAAAAAUUAUGUACUGAUAAUGGUACUAAAUGUACAGAAGUUCCAAAAGUAUGUGAUGAUGGUAAUGCCUGUUCAAAUGAUAGAUGUAUUAGUCCCAAUGGUACUUGUGCACAUGAAAUAUUACAGAAUUGUACUGAUUGUGGUACAUUUAAUUGUAUAACACUAGAUUUAUGUUCACCAUUAUCUUGUCCAACUGAUGGUUCAACAACAUGUGUCAGUAUACCUAAAACUUGUAAUGAUAAUAAACCAUGUACUUUAAAUCAAUGUCAUUCACCAGAUGGUAUAUGCACAGCUGUACCAAUUGAAAACUGUGUAAAGUGUAAUCAAACAAACAGAGGUUGUCUUACAGUUGAUUUUUGUAAUCCAGUUGAAUGUUCAGAAAAUGGUGAUAGUUGUAUAAUAACCAAUAGAACUUGUAAUGAUUAUAAUUAUUGCACAACAGAUUCAUGUAUAAAUGGACAAUGUUAUAAUGAAAUAAUUCAAAAUUGUGAAAAUUGUACAAAUGGGAUUGGAUGCACAACUACAGAUUUUUGCUUUCAACAGAUUUGCUCAGAUAGUGGGGAUACUUGUAAAACAGUCCCUUUGGAUUGUAAUGAUGGAUUAAGUUGUACAACUGAAACUUGUCUUGGUCCAAAUGGAACAUGCACCCAUACAAUAAUUAAAAAUUGUAUUGAAUGUGGAAUUGAGCCUUGUAUCACAGAAAACUUGUGUCUACCUGUAGUUUGUGGUCCGGAUGGAAGUUGUUUAUACAAUUAUACUGAAUCAACAUGUGAUGACAAUGAUGCUUGUACUUCAGAUGUAUGUACAGAAUAUGGUUGUGAGCAUUAUACAUAUACUGGUUGUAUGAAUUGUACUAAUGGAGGUUGUUUCACUACUCCAGAUACAUGUAAUCAUUAUGGUUGUAAUUUCACUGGUGAUGGUAAAUGCUUCUUCACUCAUUUAGAAUGUGAUGAUAAUGACCCAUGUACUAAAGAUCAUUGCUUAUAUUCUGGGGAUUGUUAUUAUGAAAAACUUACCAAUUGUACAACCCCAACCCCAACUCAAACUCCUCCUCCAACUCAAACUCCUACUAAUCAUUCUAUUGGUGUUAAUGAAUGCGAUUGUUGCCCUGAAGGUCAAUAUUGUUUAUUGAUUUUUGGACAUGAAAGAUGUUUCAUUGCAAAUGAUGGUGGUGACGGUAUUCCAGAGGAAACUAUUGGUUGUCCUGGUGUAACAACUGGUACACCAACAUCAACAGAUGGUGGUACAGGUCACUACACUGAAUCAGGUACAGGUAAUCCACAUUUAUGUGAUAGACAUCAUUGUAGGAGUGGAAUGGAAUGUCAUGUUAUUAAUGGAAUUCCAGAAUGUUUACCAUCAAAAUACAAAUGUUUAGAUUGUUUAGAUCUUCAUUGUGAAAAACAAGGUGGAAAAACAUGUUUUACCAUUGAAAAUCAAAAUUAUAAACCAAAUAUUAAAGGAUGUAAAGAUGAUUCUUGUUGUAAAUAUACUCCAACUUGUAGAUAA